UUCAGUGCGGCAUCGAGGACUCCGACUCGGACGACGAGGGCCUCGGCGCCAUGAAAGACCUCGCCAUCACCGAAUACCUCCCCUCCACCGCCGUCACAACCCCCUACAACACCUCAGCCGCCCCCUACAACACCACCGCAAUCCCCUACAACACCACCGCCGUGCCAGAUGCCAAGCACAUCGAUGCUCAGCAGCGGCUCGCGGUGCUCAGCUUCGAGCAAGUCGGCCGCCUCAACGAGGUCAUGGACGAAGUGGUCAGCAUCCACGGCAGAGGCAACUUUCCCACACUGGAGGUGCGCCUCAGGGACCUCGUCGGGGUGGUGCGCGCCAAACUGGAGGCAGACCCUGCGUGCGGCCUCAAGGUCAAGGACAUCCGGCUGAACGGGGGCGCGGCCUCGCACGUUUUGGCCACUGGCACGCAGCCGUACAACGACCUCGACCUCAUCUUCGGGGUGGAGCUGUCAAACGGGCGCAACUUCGACAAGGUCAAGUCGGCCGUGCUCGCGUCGCUCUACGACAUGCUGCCCGAGGGGGUGAACAGGAAGCGGAUUUCGACUUGUAGUUUGAAGGAGGCGUAUGUCAGCAAGAUGGUCAAGGUCAAUCAGAAUACCGAGGGCGGGGACAGGUGGUCGCUGAUAUCGCUGGGCAACUCGAGAGGGCGAUGCGUCGAACUGAAGUUCGUCGACACCAUGCGCAGGCAGUUCGAGUUCUCAGUCGACUCCUUCCAGAUCAUCCUCGACUCGCUGCUGCUGUUCUACAGGUGCAGCGAGCUGCCCAUCAGCGAGAACUUCUACCCUACUGUCGUAGGGGAGUCGGUGUACGGGGACUUCCAGGAGGCCCUCUACCACCUGCAGAAGAAGCUCAUCUCGACCAGGCACCCGGAGGAGAUCCGGGGAGGGGGGCUGUUGAAGUACUGCAACUUGCUGGUGAAGAACUACAAGGCGGCCAAGCCGGAUUUCAUCAAGAGGCUGCAGAGGUACAUGUGCUCCCGCUUCUUCAUCGACUUUCCCGACAUCACCCAGCAAAAGGGCAAGCUGGAGAACUACCUGUGGAACCACUUCGUCGAGCCGGACGAGGAAGCCCUCCGCCACCAGUACCUCAUGCUCCUGCACGACGUGGUAGAAGAGUCCACGGUGUGCCUGAUGGGACACGAGAGGCGGCAGACCCUGCAGCUGAUCAAGAACCUCGCUUGGCAGGUCCUCUACCAGGACCAGCAGCGGCUGAUGACCCAGCAGCCGCCGCCGCUCGUCUACGCCAACGGGAUCGUCUACGCCCCAAUAAUGCCCGCCAGCUGCUACUGCACGUGCAACACCGCGUGGAUGCAGUGUUGCUCGUGAUGCGUGGGCGUGGCCGGCGACAGAGGCCGAGAUCACGCGACCGCCGACGAAGGUGAGGCCGGCCUGUGUUACGUGACCGCUUGCCACUUGCCAGUGAUGGACUCGAGGUGGUCUUGUUGUGACGUCUGCCUGCAGUGA